AUGCGGGCGCUGCGGUUUCAUGGACGUCGAGAUGUCAGGCUUGAUGAGAUCCCACAGCCAGAAUUGCGUCCUGGUUGGGUUAAGGUCAAGAAUGUUUGGGGAGGGAUUUGUGGUUCAGAUAAGGAUGGCCUGACACACGUAGCACAUUUCCACGAGUACCUGUUUGGACCAAGAACAACUCCCUCCGAGCCUCAUCCCCUGACAGGCGAGAGUGUCCCUACUAUACUUGGCCACGAAUUUUCAGGGAGAGUUAUUGAGUUGAGUCCUGAGGUGUGCGAUCUUGAAAUCGGCCAAAAGGUCGUCAUCUUUCCCGUGAUUGGAGAUGGAGAUUGUCAUUAUUGUCAGGAAGAACUGUUUGGGCUCUGCGACAAAUGGGGCUUUUUAGGUUACAGUGGCUAUGGCGGAGGGUUCGCCGAAUACAUCUGCGUGGACAGAAAGCAGCUCUUCAAGGUACCCGACAGUGUGCCACUGGAUGUGGCUGCUUUGGUCGAGCCUCUGGCCGUGGCAUGGCAUGGUAUCAAACUCGCUCGUCUUGCUCCGUCAGAUUCCGCACUGGUUGUAGGCGCAGGUAGGACGAGGAACCGUCGUCCAACAGAGCAAGCUUGGCUAAUGAUCGCAGGUCCUAUCGGCAUUGCCACAGUUAUGUGCCUCAAAGCCAUUGGGGUUGGCAACAUCAUCGUGUCGGAAGUAUCACAGGGACGUAGCCGUCAUGCGUUGAAGGCCGGAGCACACCAAGUGAUCUCGCAACCGGAUCAAGACGUGGUCGCUCUCUCACGCCAAAAUUCUAGCGACGGCAGAGGCCCACACGUUGUGUUUGACGCUGCUGGUGUUCAGGCCUCCAUCAACGUUGCCUUCGCCUCGGUUCGCGGUCGUGGCACCAUCGUUAACCUGGCACUCUUCGACAAGCCCGUUGUUUUGGACAUUAGCUCAUUCAAUCGAAAAUCCAUUCAAUACCUCACGUCAAGUCUCUACACAAGGGCAGAGUUUCAAGAAGUCAUUGACGCUAUUGCAUCCGGGAGAAUCGAGCGCCCGGAGAGUAUGAUCACAGGAAGAAUCUCACUGGCAGAGGCGACGAGCCAAGGCCUUGAACGCCUUCUCCAGAGCAAGGACGAACAUAUCAAGAUUCUGGUAAGCCCUGAUGUUCAGCCCAACCGACCAAAACUCUGA